AUGGACGGAGGAGAGCAGCAAAUUUCGAACCCCGCGAAGCCUUCGAAGUUCGCGGUGUACCAAAAUCCUGCCGUCUCCGCCGCCCUAACCUCAAACAGCCUCCGCCCCUCAGCAUCUACUUUUCUCUUCAUCCUCUCACUGUUUUCCGCUUCCGCCAUCGUUCUCCUGAUUUCUAUCUCUAGAGAAAACACUAUUGUUACGAGAUUGGGACUUGGAUAUGUUUCUCAAGAAGUUUCCAGUCUAUUUUCGAAAGUGAUACAAACCACUGCAGGUUUUAUUAUAGUUGGAACUUUGCUUGCUUUUGUCAAAGCCAUCACACAAUGGAGGCCAAUAAAUGAUACAGACAUAACAGUUAUAUCACCUUCUAAAGGAACAAAGGAGAAAAAAUGUCUUACCAACCGACAACUUGGCCUUUUAGGAUUAAGGCGAAAAGCUGAUACACCUUCAACGGAGUCUUCAAAGAAACCUCCUAAAUCUAGAAUUAGCUCACCUUCUCCAUCAAAUGUCCUUGUCCCCCUUCAUCAGCCAAUAACAGGUUCGACUCCCUCAUCUAGAAUGAACAGCAAUAAAUCAAGCACCAAUGGCGGGAGCAACAUACGUUCCUUUAGCUCCCCAUCCAAAUCACCAGUUUCUCCCUCUCUUUAUCUUGUCCCUGCACCCUCUUCAAGGUCACCUUCCAUUCAGAAUUCACCAGGUUCUGAUCAAUAUAUUGCCACCCCUUGGUCAAAUAAGAGACCUGCUUUUCAUAAAGAGAUAACAGAAGAAGAGCUUGAAUAUUUUUUGGCUGAUGUAGAUGAGAAAAUAACUGAAACAGCGAGUAAAUUGGCAACUCCACCUCCUAGCGGAAAUGGAUUUGGGGUAUCCAGUCCAAAUGCUAUCACCAGUUCUGUUAAUACUUCUGGAUCUACAAGAAGUACACCUCUAAGGCCUGUUAGAAUGUCUCCUGGUUCCCAAAAGUUCACCACUCCCCCCAAAAAAGGUGAAGGUGACCUUCCUCCUCCCAUGUCUAUGGAAGAGUCAAUUGAAUCUUUUCAGAAGCUGGGCAUCUAUCCACAUAUUGAGCAGUGGCGUGAUCGUCUCAGACAGUGGUUUUCCUCAGUUCUGCUCAAUCCUCUACUUAGCAAAAUUGAUACCAGUCACAUCAAAGUUAUGGAUGCAGCUGCAAAACUAGGUAUCACAAUUACAAUCAGUCAAGUUGGAAGUGGUACCCCACCUGCUACUGUAUCUCCAAUUGAGAGAACUGGGGAAUGGCCCCCGGCAAUUGCUGUUGACGAAGAUGGACUUCUUCAUCAGCUGCGGACUACUCUUGUUCAAGCUCUUGAUGCUUCAAAAUUGCCUUUGAGCAAUUUCCAACACUCUGCUCAGCAGAAUGCCUUCAUCCCUAUUUUACAAGAGGGUAUCGAUGCCAUUACUGAACAUCAGAGACUCCAUGCCUUGAUGAAAGGAGAGUGUGUAAAAGGAUUGCUACCACAAAGUAGCGUUCGGGCAGAUUAUACUGUGCAGAGGAUUCGCGAGCUUGCUGAAGGAACAUGUUUAAAGAACUAUGAGUAUCUUGGAAGUGGAGAGGUCUAUGACAAAGUAAAUAAGAAAUGGACUUUCGAACUCCCGAGUGAUUCUCUUUUGCUUCUGUAUGUAUUUUGUGCUUUUCUGGAAUACCCAAACUGGAUGCUGCAUGUUGAUCCUACAGCUUAUGCUGGGGCCCAGUCAAGCAAAAACCCUUUAUUUUUGGGCAUUCUUCCUCCUAAAGAAAGAUAUCCUGAGAAGUAUAUAGCUGUUGUAUCUGGCGUCCCAUCUGUGCUGCAUCCAGGUGCAUGUAUUUUGAGUGUUGGGAGGCAAAGCCCCCCAAUAUUUGCCUUGUACUGGGACAAAAAGCCUCAGUUCUCUCUCCAGGGUCGAACAGCGCUCUGGGACUCCAUCUUGCUUCUGUGCUAUAAGAUUAAGAUCAGUUAUGGUGGGAUAGUGAGAGGCAUGCAUCUUGGUUCUUCAGCCUUGGCCAUUCUUCCUGUCCUCGACCAAGAAACUGAAGAGUGA